AUGAAUAUAAAAGAUGACGAAAGUGAAAAUGUAGUUAAUAGCAAAAAUUUGAAAAGAAAUACAAAAAGAAAUUUUGAAAAUUUUAGAACAUUCAAUGAUGUUGAAUCGUUAAGCAGUGUUUGUGGACUGUCUUCGAAUAAGAGAAGCAACGUUACCACAUCGAAAGAUAAGAAGUUACCUAUAUAUGAUAACAAACAAUUUAUAAAUGACUUAUGUCCGCAAAGAAACAAAAGAAAAUUAGAAAUAAAUUUUGAUGAUAUAACAAGAAAACAACAAAAAAAAAAAUUAAGCGAAACUCCAAAAAAUUAUUCCUUGCCACAUAUUUUAUUAAAUAGUGGAAAUGUCUUUGCCUCACAUGAAAUUAAUGAACAAAUCGUGAACAAUUCCAUCAAUACGAAUGGGGAAAGUCUGAAUAACAAUGCAUUCACAUCAGAAGAAUUAUUGUUAAAAAAUGAAUCAGAAGUAGGUAAAAAUUAUUCCAAUGAGUUGUCAAUUAUUCCUUUUGAAGGAAAUAAUAAUAAUUAUUAUUAUUACACUGCUAAUAGUUUUCCCUAUUAUAAAUGUGAAAAUAAUUCAGUUCUUAGCAGUAAUAUUAAUAAUAAUAAUACUGUGAAAAAUAUUUUAAGUAUAUUAUCAAAAAAAGAUAUUUUUUAUAAAAAUGUGUUGAAGAAUCAAUUAAAAAACAAUAAACCGUUAAUGAUAAAAUGUGACCAAUUAAAUUUGUUACUAGGAAAAUAUAAGUGUGAAAAUGAAAAUUCAAACAAUAACUUUUUUAUGAAUAAAAAAAAUUCUGUAAGUGUUCAGGAUGAUAGUUACGAAUUAUGGAAUGAUAUCUUAAAUAAUUCUGAUGUGACAUUUGCUGAUAAUAGUACAUUAAAUUUAAACCCCACAAAUAAUAAACAGAAUAUUCCCUUUUUCCUAAACAACAAUGAUAAAUUGGGUAACAGCAUUAAUGAUUCAUAUUUAUAUAGUAUAUCAAAUGAAAGUUUAGCUAAAGAUAUGUUAGGUAGCACUAUUACUAACCUGAACAGUAGUAGCACAAAUGCAGAAAAUAACUCCAGUUUGUAUUUUGGAAAAAUGAAUAAUUGCCACAUUUCCUUCAACCAAGAUAUGAAAGAAAUGAAAACAUGUGAAAUGUUGAACUUUUGUCCAGGUGAAAGUAGUAAUGUAAACGAUCCAAACACUGGUGUAUACUAUCCUAACACUAUUUCUAGUUUUAAUAUAAGUGAUCAUGAUAACACAUUUAAUAAUGUAAGCAAUGCUAUUUUUGGUGUUUCAAAUUUCGAGAAUAAUGGACACAAUUUUUGCAGUAGUAAUGGCCUUAGUAAUUUAAAUAGUAUUCACUAUUUCGGAAACAGUAGCAAUACAGACAAUUUAAAUAAUUCUAGUAACAUGAAUCGUCAAAAGGAAAUAAACAACUGCAAUAGCAAAAAUAAAUAA